AAACAGAAAGUCGAGCAGGAAUAACACGCAGGGAGGAGAAAUGGGAGAAGGAGAAGGAGCGAUGGAAUAACGGCGAGAACACUGCCACAGAAGAGAGAAAUAAAAGGGGACAGAGCGCUGAGGGCAAUAUUGAAUUGUAGAUUGAGGGAGGCUCUCCCCUCCCUCUUUCCCUCCCUCUUUUAUUUAUCUCGCGUGAGGCCACGCCUCCCCCCUUUCACUUGUCAGAGCAUCUAUAACAGUGAGCUGUCUGCACCGGGGCUGCGUGGCGAGCGAGACGAGCUCCUCAAUCUGCCGGCACAGAGGAUCCGCAUCUGGACGGGACGGGACGGGACUGGAUGGUACCGGACCCGGGACAGUGCAGAACUUGGCAGUCGGGCGGAUUUCCGUGGGAGAGAAGAACAUCAGGGACAGCUCGUGUAGUUAGGAAGGUUGAGUGAGGGUGCCGCAGACUCCCGCGUGUGAGACGAAGGACCGAGGAGGUGACUGCCGGCUGGCGCGAUGGCAGGGCUCCCUCUUCUCCUCCUCCUUCUCGUCCCGGCGGGAAUCCUUCUCCCCGCGGCCAACGGCUCCGGCUACCUGUCGGGCUAUCGGCAAAAGUCGCGCCUGCAGAAGGACCGCCACUUCCGCAACAUCCGGCCCAACAUCAUCCUCAUCCUCACCGAUGACCAGGACAUAGAACUGGGCUCGAUGCAGGCCAUGAACAAAACCCGGCAAAUCAUGGAGAAGGGCGGCACGCAUUUCUCCAACGCUUUCUCCACCACGCCCAUGUGCUGCCCGUCCCGCUCCUCCAUCCUCACGGGGAAAUAUGUGCACAACCACCACACCUACACGAACAACGAGAACUGCUCCUCGCCCUCGUGGCAGGCGCACCACGAGCCGCACACCUUCGCCGUGCACCUCAACAACUCCGGCUACAGGACAGCCUUCUUCGGGAAAUAUCUGAACGAGUACAACGGCUCCUAUGUGCCCCCUGGCUGGAAGGAAUGGGUAGCGCUGGUGAAGAACUCUCGCUUCUACAACUACACCCUCUGCAGGAACGGAGUACGAGAGAAACACAGCGGCGUCUACUCAAAGGACUACCUGACAGACGUCAUUACCAACGACAGCACCAACUACUUCCGCAUGUCCAAGAGGAUGUAUCCUCACCGGCCCGUCAUGAUGGUCCUGAGCCACGUGGCGCCGCACGGUCCAGAGGACUCCGCCCCGCAGUACAGCACCGCUUUCCCCAACGCAUCGCAGCACAUAACCCCGAGCUACAACCACGCCCCCAACCUCGACAAACACUGGAUCCUACGCUACACAGGAGCCAUGAAGCCCGUCCACAUGCAGUUCACCAACAUGCUGCAGCGCCGCAGGAUGCAGACCCUGCUCUCUGUGGACGACAGUGUGGAGAAGCUGUACAACAUGUUGGUGGAGACGGGGGAGCUCGACAACACCUACCUGAUUUACACCUCAGACCACGGCUACCACAUCGGGCAGUUUGGUUUGGUUAAAGGCAAAUCGAUGCCUUAUGAGUUUGAUAUCCGGGUUCCCUUCUUCGUACGAGGACCCAACGUGGAGCAAGGUGCCACUAAUCCUCAUAUAGUGUUAAACGUCGACCUGGCACCAACUAUGCUGGACAUGGCCGGUGUUGAUAUUCCCGCAGAAAUGGAUGGCAAGUCUAUCCUGAAGCUGCUGGACACAGACAAGCCAGUCAAUAGGUUCCAGCUGAACAGGAAGGGUAAAACAUGGAGAGAUUCUUUCCUGGUGGAGAGGGGGAAGCCUCUGCACAAGAGAGGAGAGGAAAUGGCCCAGGAGGAGAACUUCCUGCCAAAAUACCAGCGGGUGAAGGACCUAUGCCAGAAAGCAGAGUACCAGACCUCCUGCCAGCAGCCAGGACAGAAGUGGCAGUGUGUGGAGGACCCGACUGGCAAGCUGAGGCUGUAUAAGUGCAAGGGCAUGGCUGGUCUCUAUGCUCCCCGCAUGCAGGCUCUGAUGGCCCGCGGUGCCGCCCGCGUCCAGCUGUCUCCCACUACCGACGCCGACAUCUGCAACUGCGACGACGUGGGCUUCAAAACGUCCUUCCUGAAGAGGAAGAGGCUGCUCACCAAGAAGAAUCCCUCCGUCUCGUCUUAUUCAGACUUGAAAUCCAGUAAGACCGUCUCUAGGAAGCGCUGGGCCCGCUCUGUGUCAUUUGAGCUGGACGGCGACCUGUACGCCGUAGACCUAGAGGAGGGCUACCGGCCCCUGGGCUCCAGGAACAGCAGCAGGGCCACACACAGGAGGAGAGGAGAGGGCAACGAGGAGGACAACGAUGAGUUCAGUGGCAUGGGAGUCACAUCCAAACCCUCCGCCAGCAGUAAACCGACGCCGCCCGCUGCUCUUAAAGUCACCUACAGGUGCUCCAUUCUUAUGAAUGACACAGUGAAAUGUGAUGGGGGCCUGUACAAGUCUCUUCAAGCUUGGAAAGACCACAAACUGCACAUUGAGCAUGAGAUUGAAACCUUGCAGACCAAAAUCAAGAACCUGCGUGAUGUCAAAGGUCACCUGAAAAAGGUGCGGCCAGAGGAAUGUCAGUGCAACACACCCAGUUACCUCCCCAAAAAUAAGGAGAUUUUCAGGUUCCAUGAAGGUCGCAAGCACUCUCACAGAAUGCCGUCAAAGCAGAAGAGCCAGUGGCUGCAGAAAGAGCAGAAGCGCCGAAAGAAACUACGCAAAUUCCUGAAAAGGCUCCAAAACAACGACACUUGCAGCAUGCCGGGCCUCACUUGUUUCACCCAUGACAACCAUCACUGGCAGACGGCCCCCUUCUGGACAAUGGGUCCAUUCUGUGCAUGCACCAGUGCCAACAACAACACGUAUUGGUGCCUGAGGACCAUCAAUGACACACACAACUUCCUGUUUUGUGAAUUUGCAACCGGCUUCCUGGAGUAUUUUGACCUCAACAUUGACCCGUACCAGCUGAUAAAUGCCGUCAGCACACUCGACCGCACUGCUCUGAAUGCAAUGCAUCAACAGCUCAUGGAGUUACGGGGCUGCAAGGGACAUAAGCAAUGCAACCCGGAGAAGGGGGGGAAGGAGCGAAACUACUUCAGCGAAUACAGGCCAGUUCAUCGUCGAAAGAGGCCAAAAGUGAAGAAGCCUUCCUCCAAAUCGCUAGGGCAGAUUUGGGAAGGAUGGGUUGGGUAACCGCCCACAUCCCUUUAACCCACCACAUCGACCUCCUCGUGCAAAGGAAGGAGAAGGGGGAGUGCAGGCGUACCCUAAGACCUUGACCACACUUCAAUGAACCAGAACCUGAGAUACUACUUUACUCUAAUCUGGGUUUUCAAUUUUGAGAGAGCUCCCCCUUCGUAAGUCUAACCCAGGCAAAGGAGACGCCGAGACCGGGACGAAGCUUCAAGACUCUCCAACUGUCCGUUCUACCGUUGCGCACAUUUCGUUAUCAUCACAUUUCGUUAUCUUCUUCUGUUACCCCCCAGCUGUCAGUACCACUAACAUUAACAGGACGCUGUGAAUCUGGUGGGCCCGUUUGACGUCCACCUGCCAUUCUAUCUAACAGUACUGCUUGUACAUAAUAUCUAUAUAUCGGCUUCAAUCAGCUUUCCUUAUGGUCACACCGGACCGAGCGGACAACGUGAUGCGUUUCAUUUCAACUCUGCUGCUGCUCAGUGAUGUCACGGCCUCGUGACGUCUCCGUGGCACAAAUGCCGAAUAGCUAAAUCCUUUACUCUCAGAGUGACAGCAAGACAUAUUUCCUUUCUCUGCACCGAUGGGUCUGUUUUGGUGUUCACAUGGAAAGUGCUAUGGACUUUUGAAUGAGCGACAGGACACGCCGCCAUAAUCUUUUGUAUUAUAGUUGAUCUUAACGCCGAUGAAUGUCCUUUUAUGAAUCAUCGUCUUCGUCAAAGCUGUGAGAUGCGAGGGGACUAGAUGUUGCUCGCCUUCAUCCAACAACCCGCAUCUGGUGUCGUGCGCACUGAACGGGGCAGACAGUAAUCACCAUCCCACCAGGGUACAAUCCAAACCUUUGCAAUAUUUGACCAGUGGUAGAAUGCACCAUUAGUGAAUGCCAUUUUACUCCUUUGUGUUGUCAGUACCACAUUGUAGAAGUAGGCAAAUAGUUUGUUCAGCUUGCUAUACAUGGUGCUACAGGAUAACAUUGCAGAAGGAAAACCUUGCUGUACAGUACAGUAUGUAUUUGAAUGUAUGUUGUGCAAUUAAUAUAAAUGUUUACAAUAUUUUUUAUAAUACUGAAGAGGCAGACCUCCUUGUAUGAUAUGGUUUGACAAAAAUUGACGUGUAAGGAGAAAUGAAGCUUGGGAAAAGCUCCCCAGAACGUGUAUGUUUGUCCUCUCCUCAUUUACAUCGGAAAAGCACUUAAAGGGUUCACUGUGAAGAGAUGCGCCGUGUACGUUUAAUGGAUAUAUAUUUUACUCUGUGCCAGAGAACCACACAACAGUGUAAAACGUAUUGGUGUGAAUUUCAGCUACCUGCCCUUGUUAGCUUUUUUUGUUUCUUUUUUAUUUUAUUCUAUGUUUUAGCAUAUAUUUUCCAUAGACCUGAGCGCUGAUAGUAAUUGUGAAUAAAGUGUUGUUUGACCAUAAA